UCUUCAAUAUGGCGACUACCGGAACUUCAGAAGUCUAUGGUUUCUCUGUCGUGUCUCUGUCUUUCUUUCUAAAAUUUGACACACGUGCCGCGUGGAGUUUUGCCUCGCAGCACAAUGGUGGCGAUAACGGAGAAGACGGCUCCGGCCGAGAAGAAGGUAGCAAAGGGUAAGGAAGACAGCAAGAAGCUCCCCGCUGUUCCAGAGUCAGUGCUCAAGCACCGCAAACGCAGAGAGGCUCUACGCGCUCGCCGCAUUCAGGUUACAAUCAAACGGCGUUCAGCUGCCAUCAAGAAAAAGAAGGAAAUCUUCAAACGGGCUGAACAGUAUGUUAAGGAAUACCGCAUUAAGGAGCGUGAUGAAAUCAGACUAGUAAGACAGGCACGCAACAGAGGCAACUACUAUGUACCCGGUGAAGCCAAGCUUGCAUUUGUUAUGCGUAUCCGUGGUAUCAAUCAGGUCUCACCUAAGGUUCGCAAAGUGCUCAAGCUGUUCAGGCUAAGACAAAUCAACAAUGGUGUUUUCAUCAAACUGAACAAAGCCACAGUGAACAUGCUUCGUAUUGCCGAGCCUUACAUCACAUGGGGCUAUCCCAACCUUAAGAGCGUGCGGGAGCUUAUCUACAAGCGGGGCUUUGCCAAAGUGAACGGCCAAAGAGUUCCCAUCUCUUCCAACAAGAUCAUUGAAGACAAACUUGGCAAAAACAACAUCAUCUGUGUGGAGGACCUCAUCCACGAAAUCUUCACUGUUGGUGACAAGUUCAAGUAUGCUAGCAAUUUCCUGUGGCCCUUCAAACUCAACAACCCAACUGGGGGCUGGCGCAAGAAGACCAUUCACUACGUCGACGGCGGCGACUUCGGAAACCGUGAGGACAAGAUCAACGAGCUACUUAAGCGAAUGGUCUAAAUAAAAUAGGAUUUAAUAUUAA